AUUUCUUGCAAAGAGCCGGCAGCAAAUGGCCAGAAGGGUUGAGCAGCGACCAGACCGGGCCUCUACGUCCGCCUCCUCCGCCUGAUUGGAGAAACAACUCCGAGUCUCGGCGUCUCUCAUGGUUGUGCUCCAACUAAUCUAAGGGGGGUUAUCAGAAACCCUAAUUAGUUUUUUCUCUUUUUUCCCCAAAGCAGAACGAAGUAAUGGAGGAUCCCGAAGGAGUUCUUAGUUUCGACUUCGAAGGGGGCCUCGACAACGGUCCCACCAAUCCUACUCCUUCUGCACCCUUGAUCCCGGCAGACUCCUCUAUCGCUGCCGCCGCUAAUUCGGCGGUUGCUCCUGCCGUGGUGGAGCCAGUAGCGGGUGGUCAUGCGGGUCGGAGAAGUUUCAGGCAGACGGUAUGUCGGCACUGGCUUCGGAGCCUCUGUAUGAAGGGGGAUGCCUGUGGGUUUCUCCACCAGUACGACAAGUCGCGGAUGCCCGUUUGUCGGUUCUUCCGGAUGUACGGAGAGUGUCGAGAGCAAGACUGCGUAUACAAGCACACGAACGAGGACAUCAAGGAGUGUAACAUGUACAAGUUUGGUUUUUGUCCAAAUGGCCCUGACUGCCGGUAUAGGCAUGCAAAGCAGCCUGGACCACCACCUCCUGUGGAAGAAGUAUUUCAGAAAAUUCAGCAUCUAGGUUCAUUCAAUUAUGGUUCCUCUAAUAGGUUUUUCCAACAAAGGAUUGGCAGUUAUGUCCCACAAUCAGAAAGGUCUCAGUUUCCACAAGGUUCUAGUAAUGUUAAUCAAGGCAUAGCAUCAAAGCCAUCUACAGCUGCAGAAUCUCCCAAUGUACAGCAACAGCAGCAGCAAUCACAGAUUCAGCAACCUCAGCAACAACAGCAGGUCAACCAGACUCAGAUGCAAAAUCCUCAGAAUGGUUUGCCCAAUCAAGCCAGCAGAACUGCUACACCACUUCCUCAAGGAUCAUCUAGGUAUUUCAUUGUUAAAAGUUGCAAUCGCGAAAAUUUGGAACUAUCUGUACAGCAAGGAGUAUGGGCAACUCAAAGGAGCAAUGAGGCUAAACUAAAUGAAGCCUUUGAUUCUGUGGAGAAUGUGAUUUUGAUCUUUUCAGUCAACCGAACUCGUCAUUUCCAGGGUUGUGCAAAGAUGACAUCAAAAAUUGGUGGAUCUGUUGGAGGAGGAAACUGGAAAUAUGCACAUGGAACUGCACACUAUGGACGCAAUUUCUCUGUCAAAUGGUUGAAGCUAUGUGAGUUGUCCUUCCACAAAACUCGUCAUUUGAGGAACCCAUACAAUGAGAACCUACCAGUAAAGAUAAGUCGAGAUUGCCAGGAGCUAGAACCCUCCAUUGGAGAACAGUUGGCUUCCUUGCUUUAUCUUGAGCCAGAUAGCGAACUUAUGGCAAUUUCAGUUGCUGCUGAAUCAAAGCGGGAGGAAGAAAAGGCUAAGGGAGUUAAUCCAGAUGAAGGGGCUGAUAACCAUGACAUUGUCCCAUUUGAAGACAAUGAAGACGAGGAAGAGGAAGAAAGUGAGGAAGAGGAUGAAAGCUUUGGCCAGGCUAUAAAUGCUGCCCAAGGGAGAGGAAGAGGUAGAGGAGUGAUGUGGCCUCCACAUAUGCCACUUGCUCGUGGAGGGCGGCCAAUUCCUGGGAUCCGGGGCUUCCCUCCUGUCAUGAUGGGUGCUGAUGGUUUUUCUUAUGGUGCUGUUACACCUGAUGGAUUCUCCAUGCCAGAUCUUUUUGGCAUUGCUCCCCGUGCAUUUGCACCUUAUGGUCCACGAUUUUCUGGAGAUUUCACUGGUUUGGGUCAGAGUGCAGCAAUGGGCUUCAAUCCUAUAGAUGGAACAGGCCCUACGCCAGGCAUGGUUUUUCAUGGUCGGCCUUCCCAACCUGGAGCUGUCUUUCCUCCUAGUGGGCUUGGGAUGAUGAUGGGACCAGGGAGGGCCCCAUUCAUGGGUGGAAUGGGAAUAGGAGCAGCGCCACCUCGAGCCAGUCGGCCAAUUGGUAUGCCUCCAUUCCGUCCACCAGCACCUCCACUGCCACAGAGCAGCAGCAGGGUGGUGAACAAAGAUCAAAGGAGACCAACUGAUAGGAAUGACAGAUAUAGUGCAGGUUCUGACCAAGGUAAGGGUCAGGAGAUGGCUAUGUCUGGGGGUGGACCAGAGGAUGAGAUGAAGUAUCAACCAGGCAUGAGAACCCAACAUGAUGAUUCUUUUGCCGUCGGAAACAGCUUUAGAAAUGAUGAGAGUGAGAGUGAGGAUGAAGCACCCAGGAGAUCGAGGCAUGGGGAAGGGAAGAAGAGGAGGCGAGCCUUGGAGGGAGAUGCUUCUUUGGUUUCUGAUCACUGAGAAGCAAAACCCAUACUAACCCACCUCCACCCUCCAAAAAAGAAGUUAUGCCUUUUAUGAAUUUUUCCUCUUUUCUUCUGCAGUUUGUGCGUUGAUUUUUUAAUUGUCCUUUUCUUAAAUGUAUUCUUAUGUAGUUUACACUUUACACCCUUGGGGAUAAAGAAAACUGGGGGUGGUGACUGGUGAAUCAUGUUUUUGUUUUGGUAAUGUAGGGCUCGUUGCAAAUGUUGUACCAGAUGUGUAUAUAAUAUUUGACUAAAUCAGGAAAGGAGAAAUGGAUUGAUGAAAAUGAUUUAGCAGUCCCA